AUGAAGAGAGGACGCGAGGAGAAGAACCAUGAAACCUCACUUUCACCCUCACGACUUUGUCACCGUAUAAUAUCCAACAGAAAUUUCAACAUCCCUCUCGAUCUAACGGUGGAAAUACUAAAAAAACUACCGGCGAAAUCUCUAGUGAGGUUCAAAUGCGUCUCAAAGUGUUGGUCAUCAAUUAUCAGCAGCCGUAAAGACUUCAUAGAGUCGAUCGUGACUCGGUCCUUGACUCAGCCUCCGCGUGAUGCCCAUCUUAUUAAGGAUCCCGACAACGGGACUGAAUGUUUGUUAGUCAUCUCAUCUCCUUGCCCUCAACUGACUCACAAAGAAUCUGUAUCGAUCCUUAGUACAGCUCACGAAUAUGCCCGCGGUUUGUUCCUUUGUUGGUCAAAUGAACAUCACGAGGGAGCUAUAUAUAACCCUACUACGAGGCAGUCCUUCAACUUACCAAAGAUGAAACAUUCACAUACUGGCGUUUGCUUCUUCGGAUAUGAACCUCUCGAGGAUCAAUACAAAGUACUGUUCAUACCAGACCAAGCCCACGAGCAGGCUUGUCAAGUCUUCACAUUAGGCGAUCCCAAGGCGAAGCAGUGGAGGAGUAUCCAAAACAUUGAACCUCUCUUUCCAUCACUACGUUUUUGCAGUACAGUUUUCAUCAACGGAGCUAUCUAUUUCCUCGUAAGCAUUAAAGUAAACAAUACAACUGAAUAUAAAAUUGCGAGGUUUGAUGUUCGAGACGAAAAGUUUUAUCAUGUAGACGAUCCAAAAACUGUGACACUGAUGGAUCUGUGUUGGUAUGAUCUGAUAAACUACCAAGGAAAGUUAGGAAUUAUAUGUUGCAAGCAACGCAUGGAAAUUUGGAUUAUGGAAGAAGAUGCUGAGAAGAAGACACAAAGAUGGUCAAAGAUUUUCUAUUAUGAGAUGGAGGGUUUCGAUAACUGGCUCGUCUCGGAUGUUACUCGUGCUGGUGAGAUUGUUUUUUUCAAUGAGCCUCGUGACACGUUACGUAUAUGUUAUUAUGAUCCCAAGCGCAACAGUGUCAGAUAUGUUGACCUUAAAGACAGCUAUCCUAAGGAAAGAGGGUGUGACAAGGCUCUUCUAGUCAGGACUUUUCCAGAUUACGCCGAGAACACAAUGUGUUUGUACUAG